AUGUCAGACCUUUAUACAAAGUUGGAGAAGCUUGGUGAAGAAAUAGCAACAGGAAAAAUAGUUGCACUCAAACAAAUUAGACUACACUUUGAGCAAGAAGGAGUUCCGCCAACGUCACUUCGUGAAAUUUCAUUGUUAAAAGAAGCUAAGGAUCAUCAAAAUAUGGUCAAAUUAUUAGACAUUGUCAAUCAAGAAAAAAAGUUAUUGUUGAAAUUCAUGUUUCAAUUGGUUGACGGAGUUUUAUAUUUACAUUCACGUCGAAUUUUUCAUCGUGAUCUAAAACCUCAAAAUUUAUUGAUUACUGCGGAUGAUAAUUUGAAAAUAGCUGAUUUUGGUUUGGCAAGAGCAAUCGGUGUUCCAAUGAGGCCUUAUACACAUCAGGUAAUAACAUUAUGGUAUAGAGCUCCAGAGUUAUUGCUUGGAGCAUCACAUUAUAGUUAUUCUGUUGAUAUGUGGAGUGUUGGCUGUGUUUUUGCUGAAAUGUAUAAUCUAACGCCAAUAUUUGCAGGAGAUUGUGAAAUCGGUGAACUAUUCAAAAUCUUUAUGAUACUCGGAACUCCAAAUGAAAAAACUUGGCCAGAGCUCAGAUUUUUUAACGAUUAUCAACAAGGUUUUCCACAAUGGUGCCCACAGCCUUUAAAUGAGUUAGUUCCUAGAAUGGAUCAUUUUGCUAUUGACUUACUUCAGGUUCGUUCAAAAAGUGGCUCAGACAGUGAUUAUACAAAAUAUUGGAUUGAUUGGUUUUUGUCUACAAAAGGAAAUGAAUAUUUUUGUGAAGUUGAUGAAGAGUAUAUACUUGAUCGAUUUAAUCUAACAGGCCUGAACUCGGAAGUUCAACAUUAUGUCCAAGCACUUGACUUAAUAACUGAUUCUUUAGAGGAAGAAUUAGAUGAUGAAAUGCGUGAAGCUGUUGAAAAAUCUGCCCGACAUUUAUACGUUGGACUUUCAGAUCAACCUUAUACAAAAUCGGUAAAACUAUAUUGUCCAAGAUGUGAAGACAUUUAUAAUCCAAAAUCAACAAGACAUGCAAGCAUCGAUGGCGCAUAUUAUGGAUCAACAUUCCCUCAUAUGCUCUUCCAAGUUUAUCCACAUUUAUUGCCACAAAAAACUAAUGAACGAUACAUACCAAAGAUUUUCGGAUUUAAAAUUCAUGAUAUAGCAAAGCAACAUCGCUGGCAAGAUCAACAAAGAGAAGAACAAUUAAGAAGGAUCACUGAAAUUAGACUUGGUGGACGUAGGUAA